UUAAAGAUGUCAUUUCAUCCACCAGUUCGUCCUGAAGUGAAGCCGAAACCACCAAAGAAAUGGUAUGAAGAGCUGUUGGAGAAGGAUGAGAUUUUAUUGUAUUUCACUGCCAUUCUUGGCGUACUUCUUCCUGCCGUUGUGUAUGUUGUCUACCACAAAAUCCAUUCCAUCUACAUGAACUAUGUAAAGAAAAGGGACAGUGAACGGCUAGCCGACGAAGCAGCGCGUUCUGAAGUUGCCGUCAUUUCAUUGUGCACUGAAGACAGUCCUGCACAACGAUUUUUAACACAUUUACAAUCGACACUGAGUGCAGAACUCAUUAAUCCACCAAAGUUAUGGCCAGUGGAGAACUUAAAAACUAAGGAUUUCAUACAUUUUAAGGGUUUUUGUGUGUUUGUCGUCGAGACCCUGACUGCAGGCGCGGCUCCGAUUAGUGCUGAAUGGUUUCUGGAUUGGUUAGAAGACGUUGCUGCGGAUGCAAAGCAAAAGAGAAAGGCUAACUUUGAUGCGCUGAAAUUCGUCAUUGUUGGAUUUGGCUCCAGUACCGCAGAAGAAUCGCAUUUCAAUAAGGUUUCGCACACGUUAUUGAAACGUAUGAAAAUUCUUGGAUCAAAGCAAAUCAUGAACGUGGUGCUGUUCGACACAUCACAGCCAGGUAGGCUGUUCCUACCUUUAUGA